CCCAAGUUCCGUGGAGUUGGCGCGGCCGGCGCCGUCGGUCCCCCCGCUGCGCGCUCCCUUCCGCGUUCCGCCGUCCGCCCCGCCUGGCAACCCGGCCCUGCGCGGGGGGCCGCUAGCCAUGGCCGGAGCGCCCCGGGCGCGGCGCUGACGGCGGCUGGCGGAGUGCGCCAUGCCCAGCAGGACGGACCCCAAGAUGGAUGGGAGCGGCGGCGGGCGCGUCCGUCUGAAGGCGCACUACGGGGGGGACAUCCUGAUUACCAGCGUGGACGCCAUGACAACAUUCAAGGACCUCUGUGAGGAAGUGAGAGACAUGUGUGGCCUGCACCAGCAGCACCCGCUCACCCUCAAGUGGGUGGACAGUGAAGGUGACCCUUGUACUGUGUCCUCACAGAUGGAGCUGGAGGAGGCCUUCCGCCUGGCCUGUCAGGGCAGGGAUGAAGUGCUCAUCAUCCAUGUUUUCCCAAGCAUCCCAGAACAACCAGGCAUGCCUUGUCCUGGAGAAGACAAAUCCAUCUACCGCCGUGGAGCCAGAAGAUGGAGGAAGCUGUACCGAGCCAACGGCCACCUCUUCCAAGCCAAGCGCUUUAACAGGAGAGCGUACUGUGGCCAGUGCAGCGAAAGGAUAUGGGGUCUCUCGAGGCAGGGCUACAGGUGCGUCAACUGCAAACUGCUGGUCCAUAAACGCUGCCACGUCCUCGUCCCGCUGACCUGCAGGAGGCAUAUGGAUUCUGUCAUGCCUUCCCAAGAGCCUCCAGUAGAUGACAAGAAUGAUGGUGUAGACCUUCCUUCAGAGGGGACUGAUGGAAUUGCUUAUAUUUCUUCAUCUCGGAAACAUGAUAACAUCAAAGAUGAUUCUGAGGACCUUAAGCCUGUCAUCGAUGGGGUGGACGGGAUCAAAAUCUCUCAGGGGCUGGGGCUGCAAGACUUCGACCUCAUCAGAGUCAUCGGGCGUGGAAGCUAUGCCAAGGUCCUGCUGGUGCGGUUAAAGAAGAAUGACCAGAUCUAUGCCAUGAAAGUGGUGAAGAAGGAGCUUGUCCAUGAUGACGAGGAUAUUGACUGGGUGCAGACGGAGAAGCACGUGUUUGAGCAGGCGUCCAGCAACCCCUUCCUGGUUGGCUUACACUCCUGCUUCCAGACAACGAGCCGCUUGUUCCUGGUCAUAGAGUACGUCAACGGCGGGGACCUCAUGUUCCACAUGCAGAGGCAGAGGAAGCUCCCAGAGGAACACGCCAGGUUCUACGCCGCUGAGAUCUGCAUCGCCCUCAACUUCCUGCAUGAGAGAGGGAUCAUCUACCGGGACCUGAAGCUGGACAACGUCCUCCUCGACGCCGACGGGCACAUUAAGCUCACAGACUAUGGCAUGUGCAAGGAAGGCCUAGGCCCUGGGGACACAACGAGCACCUUCUGUGGGACCCCGAACUAUAUCGCCCCUGAAAUCCUGCGUGGAGAAGAAUAUGGGUUCAGCGUGGACUGGUGGGCGCUGGGAGUCCUCAUGUUUGAGAUGAUGGCUGGGCGUUCCCCCUUUGACAUCAUCACAGACAACCCCGACAUGAACACUGAAGACUACCUUUUCCAAGUUAUCCUGGAAAAGCCAAUCCGGAUUCCCCGCUUCCUGUCUGUCAAGGCCUCACAUGUCUUGAAAGGAUUUUUAAAUAAGGAUCCCAAGGAGAGGCUGGGCUGCCGGCCGCAGACUGGGUUUUCUGACAUCAAGUCCCAUGCCUUCUUCCGCAGCAUAGACUGGGACCUGCUGGAGAAGAAGCAGGCCCUGCCUCCCUUCCAGCCCCAGAUCACUGAUGACUAUGGCCUGGACAACUUCGACACGCAGUUCACCAGCGAGCCCGUGCAGCUGACCCCGGAUGACGAGGACGUCAUAAAGAGGAUUGACCAGUCGGAGUUCGAAGGCUUUGAGUACAUCAACCCGCUUCUGCUGUCUGCCGAGGAGUCCGUGUGAGGCUGUGAGCAUCUCUGUUGUGGACACGCCUGUGAAUGACCCCGUCACUUUACCCUAACUACAGCAUAUGCAUGCCAGGCUGGGCACCGAGGCUCCGGGCAGCCAGGGAGGGGUGCUGGCCGCCACGACCGCAGAGGGGCACCCAACAGGCACUCCUGGACAGAGCAGUCUCUUGCGUCCGGGCCCCGGAAGCUGCCUUUGUGCUGGAGGAAUCUCUUCCUGUGCCCAUGGCGGCCCCCCAGAGGGCGAGACAGUCACACCGUUUUGAAGGUGCAUAUUUUCCACAGAAACAGAACUCAAUGCACUGACCCGCUCCAGGAAAAGUUAGCGUGUAAUGCCCCGAGGAAUAAAAUGUACCGAUGACGCAGA